AGUACUUCCUGCUUUUCCCUCCACAAUCUAACUUCAAUAUCUUCCCUCAAAACCCUCCUCGCUUCAGGGGAGUGCUUGAAGAACUGUUUGUGCAAAUGAGCAAGGUGGGUAUGUUGUUGGAGAGCAUUAUAAACGAUUGUUUGGGUCUUCCUACCAACUUGUUGAAGGAAUUGAAUGAUGAUAGGAGUUGGGAUUUCAUGGUGGCAUUGCGUUACUUGCCAGCUUCUGACGGUGAGAAUAAUGGAAUCGGGGAGCAUCAGGAUGCUAACUCCGUUACCUUAGUUAUUCAGGAUGGAGUUGGAGGCCUGCAAGUUCGUAAGAAUGGAGAGUGGAUCCCUGUUGUUCCUGCUGAGGGCACUAUUGUGGUCAAUGUUGGUGAUGUUUUGCAGGUGUUGAGUAACAAAAAGUUCAAGAGUGCAACUCACAAAGUUGUGAGAACAAAAGAACGAAACAAGUACUCUUACGUGUUCUUUCAUAACAUAAGAGGAGACAAGUGGAUCGAACCAUUAUCACAAUUUACCAAAGACAUUGGUCUGCCACCAAAGUAUAUAGGAUUCCUAUAUAAAGAGUAUCAGGAUUUGAGAAUGAGGAACAAGACUCAUCCACCUUCUCGAUCAGAGGAUGUCAUCCGCAUUACUCACUAUGAAAUUUGAUACCCAGAGUCUUGUAUGAACUUAAUGAGACCAAAAUAAUCAUGCCAUGUUCUAGUUUCAUA